UCGGCGGCAGGCGGGCCGAACAGCCAUUUACAUUUCGAACAAUUUUUUUCCCCUUUUUUUCUCAAAAUCUGUUCCGAGUUUCCAAGUACCGCUACUACCUCAACGCGGCCGUCAUCGUCGCGAACCCCGACCCCCUCCAAGUCUGCCGAGUGGAGCUUGCCGCCUCCAAAAUGCGCGAAAUCUGUCACCUGCAGGCCGGCCAGUGCGGCAACCAGAUCGGCGCCAAGUUCUGGGAGGUUAUCUCUGACGAGCACGGCAUAGACCCCACCGGGACGUACCAUGGUGACUCGGACCUGCAGCUGGAGCGCAUUAACGUCUACUUCAACGAGGCCAGCGGCGGCAAGUACGUGCCCCGCGCCGUGCUCGUCGACCUGGAGCCGGGCACCAUGGACGCCGUGCGGUCCGGCCCGUUCGGACAGCUCUUCCGGCCAGACAACUUCGUGUUCGGCCAGAGCGGCGCGGGCAACAACUGGGGCAAGGGCCACUACACCGAGGGCGCCGAGCUGGUGGACGCCGUCAUGGACGUGGUGCGCAAGGAGGCCGAGGGCUGCGACUGCCUGCAGGGCUUCCAGCUGACGCACUCCCUGGGAGGCGGCACGGGCGCCGGCAUGGGCACCCUGGCCAUCUCCAAGAUCCGGGAGGAGUACCCGGACCGCAUCAUGUGCACCUACAGCGUCGUGCCCUCCCCCAAGGUGUCCGACGUGGUGGUGGAGCCGUACAACUGCACGCUGUCCGUGCACCAGCUGGUGGAGAACACGGACGAGUCCUACAUGAUCGACAACGAGGCGCUGUACGACAUCUGCUUCCGCACGCUCAAGCUGACCACGCCCACGUUCGGCGACCUGAACCACCUCGUGUCCGCCACCAUGUCGGGCGUCACCACCUGCCUGAGGUUCCCCGGCCAGCUCAACUCGGACCUGCGCAAGCUGGCCGUCAACAUGGUGCCCUUCCCGCGGCUGCACUUCUUCAUGCCGGGCUUCGCGCCGCUCACGUCGCGCGGCAGCCAGCAGUACCGCGCCCUCACCGUGCCCGAGCUCACCCAGCAGAUGUUCGACUCCAAGAACAUCAUGUGCGCCUGCGACCCCCGCCACGGCAGAUAUUUGACGGUGGCGGCCAUCUUCCGGGGACGCAUGUCCAUGAAAGAGGUGGACGAGCAGAUGCUGAACGUGCAGAACAAGAACUCGAGCUACUUCGUGGAGUGGAUCCCGAACAACGUCAAGACGGCCGUGUGUGACAUCCCGCCCCGAGGUCUCAAGAUGGCCUCCACCUUCAUCGGCAACUCCACGGCCGUGCAGGAGCUGUUCAAGCGCGUGGGCGAGCAGUUCACCGCCAUGUUCCGGCGCAAGGCCUUCCUCCACUGGUACACCGGCGAGGGCAUGGACGAGAUGGAGUUCACCGAGGCCGAGUCCAACAUGAACGACCUGGUGUCCGAGUACCAGCAGUACCAGGACGCCAGCGCCGAGGAGGAGGGCGAGCUCGAGGAGGAGGAGGAGGAAUGACGGUCGCGGACAAGAUCGAGCUAAACUGUAAAAUUCUAUCUAAAAUUAUUGUUCUUGUAUAAACAUUGUUAAAAACAACUUUUGAAGGGAAGGCCAGGUCUAGAGUCCUGUCGACAGCCCGGGAAUUCCCCCCAACAAGUUUCUUCUCCGUCGUGGACGUUUUACAGUAAACCUUUUUUC